AUGGCCAAACUUUUCUCUUACAAGGAAAUCGCGGAACAUAAUACCCAGGAAGAUCUGUGGAUGAUCAUUGACGGAAAAGUCUACGACUGUACAAAGUUCAUUGACGAACAUCCUGGUGGCGAAGAAGUGUUGCUAGAUCUCGGUGGACAGGACGCCACGGGACCAUUUGCAGACAUCGGUCACUCUGAUGAUGCUGUAAAGAUGCUAGCGGAUCUCUACGUUGGAGACGUUGACCAAGACAGUGAACCUAUCGCCAAAGUCGACAAAGAGCCUGUUUCCAGCACCACCGGUGGCGAGGGUAACGGGCUCAUGAUUUUGGCUCUUUUGGCCGUGAUGGCCGCUGUAGUUUACUUUUACAUGAAUUCUCGCAAGGAAUAA